UAUUUAACUAUAUUUUACAUCAGUAUUUUGCAAGCAGUGAGUUUUUAUAUUUGUGGUUGACCUGAAAUGUGGUUAUUUUAACAUGUGUAGGCUAUGUACACCCCCCACCCCUGCCCCCGGAAAAAAUAGCAAUCAUGGAUUCUCAAUGACUAAAAUAAAUGUCAAUGUCUUUCAUUAUUUCCGAUAAAAGUAACGUCAAAAACAUUUCCCUCUUUUUUCUUAUUCAUCCGUUCCCACAGUUAGUAAUUAUAAACUAUUACUUUAAUGAUCCAUAUGUCUCGGGUAAAUUUAAUUUCUCGUCAUUUCGAUGUUAAUUUUCACCCAUAAAGAAACAUGUUAAUUGAAAUGUCAAUUGAUUUAAAUGUUUUAUGCAGAUUUCUCUCCCAAGAACCUCACCGAGAAGUUGACAACUGCAGUGGUUCAGAGAUCCGAAAAUAAGGACACUGAAAUUCGGACGGAUGAGAUGAAGGACAGUGUAGAAGAAUUCAUGUCAGCCCAAAGCGAGGUCAAUCGCCUGAGGAGAGAGUUGAUACUUCAGAAGUGCGCCAAGCAUCCAGAACUGAAUCAAAGUGGUAUUAGCUACACCACAUAUCGCCAUAUAUACUUCAGUGACAAGCACAAGCUUCUCUAUUGUUUCAUUCCGAAGGUCGGAUGCAGCAAUUGGAAGAGGGUGAUGAUGAUUUUGAACUGGAGCAAGAAAAACAUCAGCGAGAUGCUAUCCGACGAAGUCCACGAACACAACGGCAUGAAGCGCCUCGCCGAAUUAUCGCGCGCAGAGCAACAGCAGAAGUUACAAACAUACAAGAAAUUCAUUUACGUGCGCAACCCGUUUGGGCGCGUGGUGUCAGCCUUCAAUAAUAAAUUUGGGGAUAUUGUUCAGUAUCGAAAAGCCCCAUACUUCCAGGGUUUUGCGAAAACUAUCAUGAAGCAAUUCAGAUCGCAUGCAACAGCGACAGAGCUAAAAACGGGUGAAAACAUAACUUGGACAGAAUUUGUAAAGUUUUUGACACAGUCCAAUCGGCCGUUCUUUGACGACCAUUGGGAAGAAAUGUUCAAGAUUUGUUCACCAUGUAAAAUUAGAUACGAUUACGUAGGCCAUUUAGAAACUGUUUCAGAAGACGCAAAGUAUAUGCUCACAGAUUUGCAGGUAGACUCGUUGAUUGAAUAUCCGUCUAAAAGCAAUAGUCACCCAACGAACAGCACCGCUAAACUUGAAAAAGCUUUUCGAGAUUUACCCAAAGACAAUUUAAAGAAAUUGUGGAAAAUUUACGAGAAAGAUUUCGAAAUAUUUGACUACCCAAAGCCAGAUUUCAUUGGAGAAUAUUUGAUUAGGUAAAGACGGAACGACUUUACCAACAGGGCGUCUUUUUUAAUCCUUGGUUGUAUUUUUAUCACUUUGAAAAUUACAUUUGUAAAGUAAUAUUUUCCCUUUUAUAAUUGGUACUAUAUUAUCGUACCAAUCAAAGAUAAAAAAGGGCUAUGUAAAUAAACAUUUUCGUCACGGUGUAGCGACGAAUUAUUUAAAUGUAUUUCGACAAAAUACCACGUUCACCCCCGCCCCUGCCCUCCCUUUGAUAUCAACUUCAUCAAAUAGAAAUCCUUUAAUUUGUUUUGCAUUUCAUAUCCAUUGCAUACAGGGGAAAACAUAAAAUCAUAUCAUAAAACUUGUACCCAACUUUGGUAGCUUCUAAUUAACAAGUUAUAACCUAUGUGACCUUGAAUCACAUUUCAUGAUAACGGGCAACUAAUACAGUGCUUAAUGGUACCAAUAAUUGUGGAUGACUGAGCACCAGGCUUCUCAAAAAGAAUUGUCAAAAUCCUCUUGCACCAAGUUUAGGUUGAAGCAAUGAAUGCGGGUCAAAAGCCAUUAAGUGUUUUAUCUCAUUGCAAAAAUAAUAGGUCAUUUAUUUAUAUUGACUAUUAGGCAGUUGAAAAGAAAGGGUGUUAAUAUCAAAUCAGACAAGAGGAAAUGCUUAUUACAAGCAAAAUAUAUGAUAUUCUCUUCGUUGACUUCGUAUUCGCACCCCAUUUUAAGGUAACGCUUCGUUGGAAUAUUUUUGUUUUACCCCAAUUUAUGGAAUUAUUUUAAAAAUAAUUU